GAGCCUAUAAAUACGACUACCCAACGAAUAUGGCGUCAUUAUUUGUCUUGUUUUAGAAGAGCCCACAUUGCGACGCUUACCUAAAGCAAAUUCAAACCGUUUUUACAAAAUUUUCAAUCAGUGAAAUCUCAAGUGAAAAAAAAACUCAAUCAAAAUGCGUGAAUGUUUGUCAAUCCAUGUUGGCCAAGCUGGUGUCCAAAUUGGUAAUGCCUGCUGGGAAUUGUACUGCCUUGAGCACGGAAUCCAACCUGAUGGUCAGAUGCCAUCGGACAAAGCCUUGGGAGGUAGUGAUGACUCGUUCAGCACCUUCUUCAUGGAAACCGGAGCCGGAAAGCACGUUCCACGUGCUGUUUUCGUCGACUUGGAACCAACUGUCGUCGAUGAAGUCCGUACUGGCACCUACCGUCAAUUGUUCCAUCCAGAACAAUUGAUCACUGGUAAAGAAGAUGCUGCAAACAACUAUGCUCGUGGUCACUACACCAUUGGCAAGGAAAUCGUUGACUUAGUGUUGGACCGUAUUCGUAAGUUGGCCGAUCAAUGCUCAGGAUUGCAAGGUUUCUUGAUUUUCCACUCAUUCGGUGGUGGUACCGGUUCCGGAUUCACCUCAUUGUUGAUGGAACGUUUGUCGGUUGAUUAUGGCAAAAAAUCUAAGUUGGAAUUCGCUGUUUACCCAGCACCACAAGUUUCAACCGCUGUCGUUGAGCCAUACAACUCAAUUUUGACCACUCACACCACCUUGGAACAUUCCGACUGUGCAUUCAUGGUCGACAAUGAAGCCAUCUACGAUAUUUGCCGUCGUAAUCUUGAUAUCGAACGCCCAACCUACACCAACUUGAACCGUUUGAUCGGACAAAUUGUUUCGUCCAUUACCGCUUCAUUGCGUUUCGAUGGUGCUCUUAACGUCGAUUUGACCGAAUUCCAAACCAAUUUGGUCCCAUAUCCACGUAUCCAUUUCCCAUUGGUCACCUAUGCUCCAGUCAUCUCAGCUGAAAAGGCCUACCAUGAACAAUUGUCGGUUGCCGAAAUCACCAACGCUUGCUUCGAGCCAGCCAACCAGAUGGUCAAAUGUGACCCACGUCAUGGCAAAUACAUGGCCUGCUGCAUGUUGUACCGUGGUGACGUUGUUCCAAAGGAUGUCAAUGCUGCUAUUGCCACCAUCAAGACCAAGCGUUCAAUCCAAUUUGUCGACUGGUGUCCAACUGGUUUCAAGGUCGGUAUCAACUACCAACCACCAACUGUCGUUCCAGGCGGUGAUUUGGCCAAGGUUCAACGUGCCGUGUGCAUGUUGUCCAACACCACUGCCAUCGCUGAGGCUUGGGCUCGUUUGGAUCACAAAUUCGAUCUUAUGUACGCUAAACGUGCUUUCGUACACUGGUAUGUCGGAGAAGGUAUGGAAGAAGGUGAAUUCUCCGAAGCUCGUGAGGAUUUGGCUGCUCUCGAAAAGGAUUACGAAGAAGUCGGCAUGGACUCCAACGAAGGUGAAAACGAGGGAGCUGAAGAAUACUAAGCACCGUUGCAACAUCAAAACGAAAGCGCAUUUUAACUUCUCGAAAGUUAAUCACAUAUGCAUUACGUUACAGUAUAUGAGUUCGAUGAAAUUUUUAGCGAAAACAAAACAGCAUACAUGCAUGAAUGCAAUUUGAACAUGCAAACAGCAAAUUGAUUUUUACACCAGAGUUAAAUAAAAAGAAAAAUUGACGAACCAUAUUACAAACAAUAAAAAAGCCACAACUUGUUUUCAUUGAUUCUAUUGCAUUUUCAGAUAGAAUAGAUUUGGCUUAGAGAUUGAAAAAAAAAGUAAGUUUCUAUGGAAAAAACAUUGCUUUCUGGUUUCUUUAUGAUCUUUUCUUUGAAAAACAGUUUCGCAAAAAGUUUUAUACAUAGAAUAUUCUAUGGGAAUUUGCAAGGUCUAGACAUCCAAUACACCAGACUCUCAUCGAUCUGUGUUUUCUAUAAUUUUCUGUGUUUUUUGUUUAUCGGUUUGUAAAAUAUGUCAUCAUUUCGAAGUGGCUUGACGUCAAAGCUUCGGCUAUAAAAAAAAUACUCGUACCCAAGUACAUAAUAAGUAGCACACACGAACAAAAAGAAAAACAAUAAUAUUUCGACGGAAUGUCGUUAGUUUAAGCUAUAAUCUCAAAGCUGCACAUACUUUUCAAUUGAACAUGAACCGAAUAGUAUUUACGGUGUUUUUAAUAGCUGUUUGUUCCAGUGUUCAAUUAUUUGGGAGCUAAUGCUGCAUUUUCGAAACCAAUUUCUCGAAGAAAAUUACCUCAGUCAUACAUUGAUAAAUUGGUUUAUGAAUUUAUAGGGAAAAGAUCAAGCCAGUGAUGAGAAAAAUUUGUACAGAGACUCAUACCGAGAUUAAAAAAUCAUACCAAGACAUAGUUGCAUUGAAAUUUGGAGUGAAAAUCUCAGACAAUCCAUAGAUAGAGACUCAAAUUAGGAAGAGGAAUUGAAUACAUUAGCGGUUGUUUGUGCUCAUAUUCGGUUAUUUUAAGAGAUUUUGUCUGUCUGCCCAUGUGCAGCUGUCACAUUUUCUCAUCUUUCUUUAGACUUUCCUUCUAUUUUUGGUGACAAGAGAUUACAAACAUCGUCGUUGAAGAUCAUCAUAUCAUUUAGCCGAGUCGCGUCUGCUUUUAUUUACAAUUUCUCGUCUUGUGGACGGAUUGUAAAAUUUCAGUAGUCAUAAAAAUAGUCUAUCGUCUCAUCUCAACUUCUCGCUUUCAAUAUGAGUAGAUGCAAAUACGAAGAUUCUGCGAUGCGUAAUCGUGUGUUGUAUUUUAAAAAAGAAAUGAUGAUUUAAUCUCCAAAAAAUCUAUAUGACAAUAUAUGCAAAAUAACAAGGAAGCCCAUUCAUCGCAGAGAAGAGAUGAAGUUAACACGACAACAUAAGACAAAUGUCAGAGAAUACCAGAGAAUGGCAGAGAAAGAGAGAGAAAAAAAAACAGAGAACGAACACACAAAGAACUUCUAUUAAAACAUAGAUUUGGUUUUAUUUCAUUUGAACCAACAGUUAAAGACAACAUCUAAGACAAAAGGCGAUCUUCUUCUUCUUCUUCUUGUUUUUCCUCCUUAGUUUUAAAUACCACUAUGCAAUUUUGUUCAAACAGACAGAUCUUGUUUUUGAUAAUUUUUUUUUUUUUUGCUUUCGUUUAUGAAUAUUUUUUAACAAAUAAUUUUUUAUUGAUUUUAUUUAUGGAAAGGUAAUAAUAAUAAUAAUAAUAAUAAUAGAAUAGAAUUAGAUGCGAUAUGCUGCUGCUCCUUUUAUAUAAUCUAUGCGCUAAACGAACGUACAAAUUAAAAUCAUACUAAUUUCACUUAAAUAUCUUUUGAAUUGUAUAUCUCUCAUUGUGUGUUGUUUGUUUGUAUUUUCCGGCUAAAUUAAUGCAUAGAUUCGGAUUUGCCCACGAUUUGGCGUUUUUUUUUCUUGCUCCAUAGUUCGAGGGGUUUUUGAUGAGUACAAAUAGAGUUUUAUGAAAGUAGAGAAUGAUAUAAUUGAAAUGUGAGUGUGAAGAGUGGUUUUUUUUCUAUCAGCAUUUGGACAAUUUUGGCUGCAACUCUGUGUCUCUUUUAGUUAUUGUCUGGAUCAGCAUCGAAUGAUUCAUCCGAUUCGUCCAUAUCGCUCUCUGGCGGUGGUAUCAUUUCGCAUCCGUAGCGUUCCAAUAUUUGCAGCAUGUCCGAGUGUUCGAGCUCAGCGGCUAGUUGAUAAGCCGUCACCUGACGAUAGUUGAACGUUUCCGUGUUCAAUUGUUUACUGCUUUCCAAUAAAAAUUUCGCCAAUUCCAUGUUAUUAUUUUCAACGGCUAUGUGAAGUGACGUAUACCCAGCGCGACCUUCCUGUAAAUCAAUGAAACAACAAUGUAACUCAAUUAGUGGGCAUUCCGGUAAACAAAGAAGAUCAUAGAUUUAAAACAGAUACACAAACACAUUCCCCCAUACAAAUUACUCAUUUUUUAUUGCUGAAAGGAAGCGCAAAUGCUGGACUCGGUCGCGUGGAAUGUUACGCGUAAGCACGGGGCUCAUUUGCAUUUUUUGUAAAUAUUUGACGGAAUCAAUAAAUGUUUUUUUUUAUUAUUAUUAUUAUUGAAUAAAAUGUGUCAUUAAAACUGCGUCUUAAAACUGGUUGAACUUUUGAAUGAAGAAUCACAGAAACGUUUGAUGUUUUCAUCGAAAUCAAUUCUGGCGCUUAAUCACCAUUUCAAAUGAGUAACUUGAUCAACACGAGGCAAAGCGAUUUAAUUAAUUGUCAUUUUAUGGCUUAUGCAAUUCUACUUACUCUUGCAUUGAUAUCAGCACCUUCCCGAAUCAAUAGCUUCAGUAUUUCGACAUGGUUUUGCUGUGCGGCAAUAUGAACACAAUUUUCACC